UCUUGUCCAGAGAAGGAGGAGAUACAGAUAUUACAUAAUAUAGCAUCAGUACAUUGAGGAAAAUGGACUAUGGAGAUGGAAGAAGAGAUUUCUCCCUUUCCCAGGGAGGAUAUUGGUGUGGACUUUGCAGAAUAUCAGAUCCAGUUUUAUAAGGUGGUCCACCAUCACCAGAGAGGAGUUGAAGAUAUUCUUCCCUCAUGCUAAAGGAGCAAGUUAUCUAUUUCUUACAGCUGUGAAGGCAUUGUGGAGGGACAGCACAUACCAGAAGAAAUACAAUAUAGUAGCUUUGAAGCCUGAGAAGCUGAACUCAGCAGCCCUGAGCCAUCAGUUUAACUCAGCCUCACUGAAGAUAAUCCCAGACUCUCCACACCCUGGACUUGCUACAGCUCUCUGAACCUACAAACCUCUUCAGUUCCAGCCAGAAUGCUGUGUCAGGAACUUCACAGAUUUGGUCAAAUGCUGGUACGCAGACGUACGCUGGAGGAAAAGAAAACUGAACCUACCCCUCUCAGAUGGCUGCGAACUCUGGAUUUAGUGGCCCUGGGUAUAGACUACACACUGGGUGCAGGUGUGUAUGUCCUGGCUGGCGAGGUGGCUAGGAAACAAGCAGGACCAGCCACUGUGAUCUGCUUUUUGGUGGCUGGCCUAUCUUGUGCAUUGGCUGGGCUGGGCUAUGCAGAGUUUGCUGUCCGGGUUCCCCAUUCUGGCUCUGCAUAUCUUUACACCUAUGUCACUAUAGGUGAACUCUGGGCUUUCAUCACUGGCUGGAACUUCAUCCUCUCCUAUGUUGCUGGCACAGCCAGUGUAGCUCGGGCAUGGACAAGAGCUUUUGACUACCUGAUUGGAAACCAGAUAUCUAAGACCCUGCAUGAGAGAAUCUUACUGCAUGUUCCCCAGGUCCUUGCAGAAUAUCCAGACUUCUUUGCUAUGGGCCUAGUGCUGUUGCUCACAGGAGCACUGACUCUGACGGCUAGGGAGUCAGUACUGCUUACCAAAGUGAUCACAUUGGUGAGCCUUUUGAUUCUCGGCUUUGUCAUCAUCUCUGGAUUCUUUAAAGGGGAACUGCACAACUGGAAACUCACAGAAGAGGACUACGUAAAGGCUGGACUCAAUGACACAUUAAGCUUGGGCCCCCUGGGCUCUGGAGGAUUUGUGCCUUUUGGCUUUGAGGGGAUUCUCCAUGGAGCAGCUACCUAUUUCUAUGCAUUUAUAGGUUUUGACAAUAUUGUUACCAGAACUAAAGAAGUCCAGAAUCCCCAGCGUUCCAUCCCCAUGGGCAUUGUGAUUUCACUGUUCAUCUGCUUUUUGGUGUAUUUUGGUGUCACUUCAGCACUUACACUUAUGGUGCCAUACUACCAACUCCAACCUGGGAGCCCUUUGCCUGAGGCAUUUCUACAUAUUGGCUGGGCCCCUGCCUACUAUGUUGUGGCUAUUGGAGCUCUGUGUACUCUUUUUACUACCAUCUUGAAUGAUAUGUUCUAUGCACGUCGGGUGAUCUCCAUGGUGGCAAAGGAUGGCCUCCUGUUCCAUGUCCUCACCAGGACCCACACCAGCAAACACAUCCCCAUUGUGGCCACUGUGGUCUUGGGCAUUAUGGCAGCAGUCAUUGCAUUCUUCUUUGAACUCAUUCAUCUUGUGGACUUCGUGUCCAUUGGGACCCUGUUUAAUCAUUCCCUGGUGGCUGUUUGUGUUCUCAUCCUCAGGUACCAGCCUGAGAGGAGGAAUGGGGGAAAUGAAUCAGAGGUUCAGGAGGAGAAUGGACAUGCAGUAGAAAGCCUGACUCUACAGGGACUACUUUUUCCAGGCAGCUCCACCCCCACUCCACUCUCUGGCCGUGUUGUCCGUGUUUGCUCCUCACUGCUUGCUCUGCUGCUAAUUCUUCUUUGCCUGGUGCUGGCCCAGUGGCCAGUUCUGCUUUCUGGAGACCCAGUGUGGAUUUCAGUGGUUGUGGUGCUCCUGGUGCUCAUCAUUGGGAUCACUGGGGUCAUCUGGAGACAGCCACAGAACUCCAGUCCCCUUCCCUUUAAGGUCCCUGCUCUGCCUCUCCUCCCACUACUGAGCAUCUUCAUGAAUGUUUACCUUAUGAUGCAGAUGACAGCUGCCACUUGGGCCCAAUUUGGUGUCUCCAUGCUGAUUGGGUUUGCUGUCUACUUCAGCUAUGGGAUCCAGCACAGCCGAGUCGCUAACCUCACUUAAUUUAGCACCAAAACUAUAGACCUUUGUCUCGGCAGUGACAGUAUAUAUUCACUUUUACAUCAUCACACCUAAAUGCAGUCUUGUCUCUGCACGAUUUUGGAGGGUACUCUUGAGUGCAUGGAAAGCUAGGACUCCCAUGGGAUGUUGGUGAGGGAAUACUAAUAGGGUUCUGUACAUAUUGUGGAGUGAACGAUGUGUCUUUGCUCUCUCUCUCUCUUUUUACUUGUCUACUUUACAGUUGUGUCUGUAGCUGCUUAGUGGCCUUACUGGCUUUGAAAAAUUAUUAUUAAAAGAAACUAGAAAAGUGUUUUUGUUUUCUUAGAGUAAAUAUCCAGUACUGAUAUUACUGGACUAUAUGGUAAUUCUAUUUUUAAUUUUUUGGGAACCUGCACACUACUUUCCCUAGAAACUGCACCAAUUUACAUUCCCACCAACAGUGCACGAUAGGUUUUUUUUUCCCUCUACAUUCUUGCCAACACUUAUUAUUUCUUAUGUUUUCUUUUAGCCAAUUUGACAAAGUAAGUGAUAUCUCAUUGUAGUUUUAAUUUGUGUUUCCUUGAUGAUUACUGAUGAUUAGUAUCUUUUCAUGUGUCUGUUGGUCUCUGCCCAUUUUAAAAAUGGAUUUUUUGAUAUUGAGUUGUGUAAGUUUUUUACAUAUUUUGGAUAUUAACCCUAAUGGAUAUAUAAUUUUCAAAUACUUACUCCUAUUCAGUAUGUAGCCUUUUUGUUUUGUGGAUGGUUUUCUUUGCUGUGCAAAAGCUUCUUCUUUACAUGGAUAGGAAAAGAUAUAUGUACUUUUAUGUUUAUUGCAACAUUACAUACAAUAUCCAGAAUAUGGAAAUAACCCAAUUGUCCAUUAAUAUAUAUAUUAUAGAACAUACUCAGCCAUUGAAAAAAAUGAAAUGUUGCCAUUUAUAAUAACAUAAGUGGACCUAGAGGGUGUAAUGCUAAGUGAAACAAAUCCAUCAGAGAAAGACAAAUACUAUAUGAUUUCACUCAUAUAUGGAAUUUAAGUAAUAAAAAAAAAAUAGUGUGGCAAACAUAAAACCAGACACUUAAAUACAAGGAUCAAAUGGGAGGUUAAUGGAGGGAUGGGUGACAUAUAUAAAGGGAAUUAAGAGUACAUUUAUCUUGGGGUGACUGGUGUCAGUCGGUUAAGUGCCUGACUGCAGUUCAGGUAACAUUCUCACAGUUGACAAGUUCAAGCCCUGCAUUGGUCUGUACUGACAGAACCUGGAGCCUGAUUCAGAUUCUGUGUCUCCCUCUGUCUUUGCCCCUCCCCCGACUCAUGUUCUGCCUCUCUCUCUCUCUCUCUCUCUCUCUCAAAAAUAAAAUAAACAUUUAAAAAAAGAGUACACUUAUCUUUAUUAUUACUCAUCAAUGUAUGGAAUUGCUGAAUCCUUAUGUUGUACACCUGAGAAUAAUAUAAUGACACUAUAUGUUAAUUAUACUUCAAUUAAAAACAUAAAACUAGAAAAAAUACAAAAAAUAAAUAUGAAAUAUGGCCCAUGCCUUUAAAGAGUUUAUAUUCUCUUUUUAAAAGUUCAUUUAUGUAUUUUGAGAUAGAGAGAACCAGUAGGGAAGGGAAGAGACGGGGGACAGAGGAUCCGAAGGAGGCUCUAUGCUGACAGCAGAGAGGCUGACACAGGGCUCAAACUCAUAGGCCAUGAGAUCGUGACCUGAGCUGAAGUCAGACACUUACCCUAAGGCCAUCCAACGACUCCAAGAGCUUAUAUUCUAAUACAAAGGGUAAAGUAUACCUUAACACAAAGUAUUAAGCUUUCAUAAGUAAUAUACAAAUAAAGUGUCUUGGGAAUUCAGAGUGGAGGGUGAUCAUUUGUGGCUGGCACAGUAACGAGAGUUGAUUGGUGAAAUCAGAACGUCUUUGUAGAGGAAUGGUAUUUGGGUUAGCCCUCUCCAAAGAUAGGAUUUUGCCACACAUGGGUACUAAGGAGAGAUUGUAGGCAAAGAGAAUGGCACUAGGAGAAUGAAGCAGUGUUCAUUCAGACUCCAAUGAGCAGGCUGUGUAGCUUGACCCUUGGCAGUGGGCGGGAGGGGAGUGGGCGUGCAACAGAACACACACAGGUGGAUUGGAGCCAGGGCUUUCCUCUGAGCACAAAGCACUCUGGCUUUAAACCCACUACCCAUGCUGAAAAGCCCCGGGGUUUCUUCCUCUACUUGGCUAUUUCUGCAUUCUUGAGCUUUGAAGUUUCUCUACAGUUGUCUGUUUUGGUCCACCUGCUCAAUAAAUGCACAGCUGAGAGCCAA